CGCUUUUAGAAACACAUGAAAUGCUCCUUUAAGAAACCACGUUGUGUCGUUACGUCAGAACGUCGAUAAGCGUUACGUAAGAGGGAACAGUAAAAGAACAAAAUGGAGGAAUAUGCCAGAGAACCAUGCCCCUGGAGGAUCGUGGACGACUGUGGGGGAGCCUUCACCAUGGGCGCUAUCGGAGGAGGAAUAUUCCAAGCAGUAAAAGGCUUCAGAAACGCACCCUCAGGGAUGAACCACAGAAUGAGAGGUAGUUUGACUGCUAUCAAGACCAGAGCCCCACAGCUUGGAGGAAGCUUUGCAGUAUGGGGAGGCCUCUUCUCCAUGAUUGACUGUGGUUUAGUAAAAGUACGAGGGAAGGAGGAUCCCUGGAACUCUAUUACAAGUGGGGCCAUGACAGGAGCUAUCCUUGCUGCAAGAAAUGGACCGGUAGCCAUGGUAGGCUCUGCAGCCAUGGGAGGUAUCCUGCUGGCAUUGAUAGAGGGCGCUGGAAUCUUGCUCACUAGGUUUGCCUCUUCACAGUUCCCAGCUGGCCCCCAGUUGGCAGAUGAACCCACCCCUGCUCCCAUGCCCUCCCCUCCCUUUGGAGACUACAGACAAUAUCAGUGAAAGGAUGCCCCACUUCUCAUUCACUAGGCCUUUUUUUGAAUUCCUUGCUGAAGUUACAAAGAAGAAAUGGAAAUGCAAAAUGCCACACGUCAAACAGGAGCAGCCGCACCCAACUGUAUGGACUGUGUCAGAGAAGUGAAGGGACAAGACACAUCUUCACUUUUCUUUCUUUCAAGAGCCAUGUACAGAUCUACCUUUUGCCAUUCUCAUGCAUCUGUUUCACGUAACAUUGGUUAAAUACAGACAUGUGGCGAGAUUUUGUUGUUUGAUAUUCUUGGGGGGGGGGGUCUUUCUUUUUUGUCCAUGUAGAGUAUGCUCUGCAUGUAGCCCAACAAUCGGAAGGUCAAGACUGACAAGCUAUGGAUAAUGUUCACUCUAGAAAAAACAUGUCACACAUGGAACAUCAUGAAUAAUACAGAAGUAUGGUAUACUUAUGUGUAUAUACAGUAAAGGCUUUCUGCUUGUAUUCAUCCAUGUUAGUCUUUUUUUGCCUUAUGUGACCUGCUUGGGCUGGCCACUGACAUUUGGCUGGCCUUUUUUUAAUGGAUUUUAUUCAGAUUUGUUAAGGUAAACGUACAUCAGAUACAAUGCUCUUCAUGGGAUAUUAGUUUGUUUUAAAGUGAUUUUAUUUAUUUUAGAUUGUAAAAAGAUGUAACAGAUUGUUCUAUUUUAUGUGACCAGUGCUUUUACUUUCAACACGAAGGUGUGGAAAAGUCUGCUAAUGACAAAGGAUGGCGUAGGCGCAGUACAAACAAAUGGCAAAACUUGAGCAAGGGAUUGAUGCAUACUGUAUUCAAUCUGUCUGACAGAUUGUACUAUGGUACAAUAAAGAAAUAAGUUAAGUGUG